GUCGCAUCCUUCUGGCUUCACUGCGUUCGGAUCCAGCUCUGGAAGAAGGUUGACUGAGAGGGUUUUCGAUCCAAUCCUGAUCUCGUCGUUCCUUUACCUGUUUUGUUUCUUCGUGGAAAUCUUCUACCUCUGCCAGAUAUUUCGCGCAUUGCAACCCGGAGUUUGAAACAAAGCAACACGAUAUUUCAGCCCAAGAUGCCGACCCCAACAGUUGUACCCGACCCAGGCUUCAGUGCCGAGGAGGAGGCGAAGGCCCUUCGCAGUGCCAUGAAGGGAUUAGGCACGGACGAGAAAGCAAUCGUUGUGUCAGUGGCUCGAAUGGCCAAUGCCCAGCGCCAGGAGGUCAUUGUCAUAUACAAGACGAUGUACGGACGGGAUCUGAUUUCUGAUCUGAAGUCUGAGCUUGGAGGUGACUUUGAGGACACCGUGCUGGCUCUGUUCAUGAAACCAGCCGACUUUGAUGCUACCUGUCUGCACAAAGCCAUGAAGGGACUUGGCACAAAGGACAAGGUUCUGUGUGAGAUCAUGGCCAGUCGUACCAAUGAGCAGAUCCAGGCCAUUAAAGUAUCUUACAAAAAGUUGUUCAAGAAUGAGCUGGAGAAGGACAUCAUCGGCGACACCAGUGGUGACUACAAGCGAAUCCUGAUCUCACUCUGUCAGGGUGCCCGUUCCGAGGACCCACACGUGGAUCAGGCAAAGGCAGCUGCAGAGGCACAGAAACUCCAUUCGGCUGGUGAGAAGCAGUUCGGCACUGAUGAGGCCGUCUUCAAUUCAAUCAUUGCCCUGCGCAGCUACCCGCAGCUUCAGGCCACCUUCCACGAGUACAAAAAGCUUACAGGUCAUGAUUUCAUCAAGGCCAUUCAGAAGGAGUUCUCUGGGAAUGUCGAAGAUGGCCUGUCCUCUGUCGUCAUGGUUGCCCAGGACACACCGUUGUAUUUUGCUCAGCUGCUCCACAAGUCCAUGAAGGGUGCAGGAACCGACGAAGAUCGGCUCAUCCGCGUCGUUGUCUCCCGCUCAGAGAUUGACUUGGGCGAUGUGAAAGAAGCUUUCAACCGAACAUAUGGCAAGCCACUAUCCCGGUGGAUUCGGGAUGACUGCGGCGGUGACUUCCGUCGCAUGCUCCUUGCCAUAACGAAGGAUUGAAGUUCAAACCGACCCGUGGUCUGUACUGACUGCGUUGUGUCCAGCCCAAGGAUAAGCUAGAUUAUAGAACGUAUCGGCAACAGCUCUCCAUACUUGCGGUGCAUGCAAAUGUAUGUUGUCUUGCAUGGGUUAGGGCAACAACAAGCCACACUGUUCUCUCUCUCUACAGAAGAGUUCCCCAUUGGCUGAUCAUUGAUCAACUUCUGCAGUAACACAGUUGUUAGUUUUGGUUCAGCUUUGCUGCUUCCAGCCUUGUGUUUCAAUCAUUGGAAAGUCUAGUUCGUAGGUUUAGCCUCUCACCCUUCCAAUGACAUACAAUUAUUUUGUUAAAAAUGCAACUUAGACAUUGCUUUUGUUCGCAUUCGGCCGAUGCCUUACUGAAUGCAUUUUGGUCGGUAGCUCUAACACCUGGCCUAAUCCAUGGAGCUGGGCACAUUCAUCUAUCUGGAUAACUGCCAAUCACAAAGCAUUUCUGAAGUACUGUA